CAAAUGUGGCCGACGAUUUCAUAAUCAACCGGGACUGAUCGUUUCCUUUGGUUUUUGACCCGUUUGGAGCAAAUAUAAAUAUCAUCCAAGGAUUGACUCAGUCAUCCGUCGCCGUCUCCGAUCAGGACAAAUUCUCACGCUCCAGUUUCAUAAAGACAAGAACUGUAGCGAAAUCGAUUUGGAUUUUGUCGGUCUGAGCUGAAUACCGAUUGAAUUUGGCGAUUCAGGAAUUCGCAUUAGGAUUGAACGUUCAUCUUUGAUUGCAGAGUUCGAGUGAAUUUUGGUUGUUUUAGUUGAAAGGCUAUGAGAUUGAGUACAUGGCUUUAAGAGAAAGGGAUCUCGCGUUUGAUCUCGAAAGUGGGGGGAGGAUUGGUGAAGAGGUUGGAAGUGUGGAACCAAGUUCAAUUAAACGAGAUGUAAAGAACAUUUGGAAUAGGUUGACAGAGGAUACACUGCUAAAAGAUGAGCUAGUCGUAGCGUCGAACAGUAAUUUUGCUAAUUCUGUUGCCGAUGUUGUUGCUGAUGUGAACGUAGAAUUGUUGAUAGAUAAGAAUUUGGAAGGAGAAGACGAUUGUGAAGCUUUUGCGCAUGUCGAGAAAACUAAUGCUAGAGGGAAGCAUAAGAAUAAGAAAAAGGCUCUGAAGCCACCACGGCCGCCCAAAGGUCCUUCUCUUGAUGCUGCUGAUAGAAGGCUGGUGAAGGAAAUUGCAGUAAUUGCCAUGAAAAAACGUGCAAGAGUCGAGCGAAUGAAAGCAUUGAGGAAGUCAAAAGCCGAGAAAACAUCUUCCUUCAAUAGUUGCAUUCCUGCCAUGAUUAUCACAUUUCUGUUCUUCCUUGUAAUCAUCCUUCAAGGAAUAAGUUCCCGAAGCAGUCCGAUGCUGCAGGGGUCACCCGAACCUGCUGUUGAUGGUAGUAGCGGUUUCAUUUCCGUUCAGUACAUUAAAAGCUUUCCUCCAAAUGAAAGUAAUAUGGCAAAUCCCCCCGAUGUUAAUUCUGCUGCAUAACUCGUUUCUGGUUUUGUUCCCCUUUAAGGCGAAAAGGGUGGCUGAUUUGAGGAUCUUUUUGAAGUUGAUAGCCUAGGAGCCAGCUUGCUGGCUCUUAUGGCCAUGAUUUUUGAAUAGUUACUUCGAUGCGCCGUUGCAUCCGACUGAUCUGUAUAUAAAUACGAAGAAACAUCGAAUUUUUCGUUUUUUUUUUUUUUUAUUGUAAUCAGAUGCUUUUAUAUCUUAAUUUUAUCUUAAUAAUUUAUAUUGGAAAGUUCAUGGUGAUGUUCUUGGAUGUAGGUAGCUGAACCUACAUAAAAGGUAUGGCAGACAGUCCUGCUUGCUUCCAGGCUUUCUUUUGAUGA